AUGGGCUGUACCUGCACCUGUCUUCCGGGGCACGAUGUCAUUGAUCUGACUCUCAAUGGCAAGAAGUACAAGAUUGCGAAGAACCCAGUGCAAGGCAUACAUGGCGUCGUCUAUCGAGUCAUCGGAGGCAGAUAUGACGGCGGGUACGCCAAGACGAAGAUCAGUGAGCAAGAGAUCCGUGCGACUGCCGCCGUCGGCGCUCUGUGGAAAGUCGGUCGCGACGAACACCGCGAGAAGUGGAUCAUCGUGAAGCCAUCGCCGGGCAAAUACCUCAAGCUGACGUCCGCGUACAGGCAUGUGCGACACAACCCGGAGCAAUGUUGGGCGCUGCUGGAACACGCCGUCGAAGCCGCGACGAACGCAAUCCUAGACAGUUACCACCGCACUCACUGGCUUCACGAGGACCCAAUUUUGGCGAAUCUCUUCUUCAACGACCAGGUCUCCCAAGCAUAUCUUAUCGACUGGGGCUGCGCGUCGCAGCCGUCUAGCGUGCGCCGUGAAGAUGUCAAAGCACUGGUGGCAUACGAGGUGAUGCGCCCCCAUGUUUGUGGCCCGCGGCCUGCGUCGAUGUGUCCGCCCUAA